GAGUCUCAGUGAUAUACGAAAGUCUACAUUAUCUUGACUGUUGUAAAUUUACAUAUAAGAAUAUAAAACGUUUUGUGUAAAAUAGUUUGGGGUCUCAAAAUGUAAUAACAUUUUGUCAUACUGCAUAAAUGCAGUAUGCACCUCAGAAAAAUGAUAAUGUGUCGGAAGAAACGUGCGACAGAAGAUUAUAAUUUGAUAGAACAUUUACCUCAAGAACUACGAGAUCGAUUUACAGAAAUGCGAGAAAUGGAUCUAACUGUACAAAAUAAUAUUGAUUCAUUAGAAAAGCGUGUUAAGAAUUUCUUUGGAGGAUGUAGAAGGGGAGAAUUUGUUGGUCAACAAGCCGAUAAUGAGUUUUCUAUAAUUCGGAGAGAUUAUUAUCAUGCAUUGGAAGAUGCUGAUGAAAAGGUUCAAUUAGCCAAUCAAAUGUAUGAUCUAGUGGAAAAAUACCUGCGUAAACUUGAUAGUGAACUACAUAAAUUUAAAUGUGAGCUGGAGGCCGAUCAUAAUGGAAUUACUGAAGUACUUGAAAAACGUUCUUUGGAACUUGAUGUACCACAGCAGUUGCCAUCAAAUCCACAAAAAGAAAACAGAUACAGGCCUCGUGCUGAAAAAAGACGUGAUAGCACUUCGUCAGUUAGAGCUGAUUGUAUGCCUUUAGAGAAAAGACAUUCUAGUCAUGCUACAUCUUCGCCAGCAUCAUCGCAAAGUAAUAUAGCUGCCAUUCAGAACUCUACUCCUGGUUCAAGUUCCACUGGAUAUACUCUUCAACAUAUUGGUGCAGGCAACGCAAUUGCAGCUGCUGCUAGCCAAGCUAUUACAGCAACUCAGCAGAUGCAACAGGGCAGAAGAACAGCCUCUUUAAAAGCAUCUUAUGAAGCUGCAAUUCAUUUAGGCACUUCUGGAGGGGCUACUAGUGGACAUGAACUGCUAAUUGGAAGAGAUUUGGCGGGUGCUGCUCAAACAGCAUUACAAGCUGUUGAGAGAGAAGGGACCACAGGCCACCGCAGACAAAAAAAGAAGUACAACAAUAAUUCUUCUAUUUCCCAUUCAAUAAUUGGUGGAACAUCCCAUUCAAACAGUUCGAUGGGAUCUGCUGGUUCUUCAUCUGGUAUUGCACCCAUAAAUAAUACACAUACACAUGCUGUUGAAUCUGUUGAUAAUGGUACAGAGGUUGAUGAUGCAGCUGCUUUAGACGCAAAUCAAGAAGAGUGGACAUAUGACCCUAAUGAGCCUAAAUAUUGCCUCUGUAAUCAAGUAUCCUAUGGAGAUAUGGUCGCUUGUGAUAAUGAAGAUUGCCCAUUUGAAUGGUUCCAUUAUCCAUGUGUUGGAAUUGAAGCACCUCCUAAAGGUAAAUGGUAUUGUCCACAAUGUAUAUCGUCAAUGCGGAGAAGAGGUUCAAGGAAAGCUUGAACUGGUGUGUACAUACUUGUAUAUAAAAAUCUAUUUUUUGUGUAACUUUUAUUUUUCGAAUAUGAACUUUUUUAUCUACAUAUUUUCUUUACACAAUAUAUUCAUAAUUGUAUUAUUUGACUUUUAAUAAGGUAUUGUGUAACAUUUUAUAGGAUGUAGGAAUUGCAAAUUAUUUAGUUUUGUAAUAUUAACCAUGUGAAUUAAGUUUUAUAAAUUUUGAAAAUAAUUAAUUUUAUGAUU